GUAGAUUGUGUAAAUGCUUGUAAUGUAUUACAAAAACAUUGUCCUCACUUGUGGCAGACUUCGCACAUCAACAAGCGAGGACGAUGUUGCUGUUGUAAUACAAGGCUUCAUGCUAUCUCUGCAAAGUGGAAGGGAGUGUGCACAGGAUAAACAUGGCGCAACUAUUUACGCAUCUGCAGAGAAUACCUCUUUUGCCUUGUAAAGUACAAGAAGCCAGAAAGUUCAUGAGACUUUUUUCAAUAUCUGCACAAAAAGCCUGCCAAGUACGAGUUAGGUUUGCUCCAAGUCCCACCGGUCAUCUCCACUUAGGGGGUUUACGUACAGCACUGUACAACUUUCUCUUUGCCAAGUCCAAGAAUGGAAAAUUCAUUUUGCGAAUAGAAGAUACUGACCAGACUCGUCUGGUUGUACAUGCAGCUCAGAGGCUUGAGGAUAUGUUGAAAUGGGCCAAAAUAUACCCUGACGAGUCUCCAACUGUGGGUGGUCCAAGAGGCCCUUAUGUACAGUCACAACGUAUUAAUCUUUACCAUAAUUAUAUGAAGAAUCUUUUGGAAAAUGAUAGCGCUUACAAAUGUUUCUGUUCAAAAUUAAGAUUGGACUGGCUGCGAAAUGAUGCCAUAAGAAGAAAUGAAACUCCUAAAUAUGACAAUAAAUGUAGAUACCUUUCUCAAGUCAAAAUUGAGGAGCUAGAGAGAAAAGGGACACCAUAUUGCAUUAGAUUUAAAUUGGAGACAAUAACAGAUCCUUAUCAAGAUCUUAUAUAUGGUCCAAUCUUGAUUAAUGUGGCUGAACAUGAGGGUGACCCAGUGAUGAUGAAGGCUGAUGGGUACCCAACCUACCACUUUGCUAAUGUUGUUGAUGACCACUUAAUGGGGAUAACACACGUUCUGAGGGGUGUGGAGUGGCAGAUAUCUACACCAAAACAUCUUCUCUUGUACAAGGCCUUUGGUUGGAAUCCUCCAUUGUUCGGGCACCUUCCACUCAUCGUCAAUAGAGAUGGGAGUAAGCUCUCAAAACGACAGGAUGACCUUCACAUUGAACAUUACCGAGACCAGGGAUACUCUCCAGAGGCUGUGUUGAACUUUGUGACUGACAUUGGUGGAGGAUUUGAGGGCAAGGAACACAAUGUUCUGUUAACUAUUGAAGAAUUAUCUGAAAAGUUCAAUCUCGCUCGCCUCACCAAAAACUCCUGUCGAUUGGACUUUGAUAAACUGAAACUGUAUAACCAAAUGGACCUGCAGAGAUGUUUGAAAAGCCCAACUGAGCUUCCAGUACUACUUGAUCAACUCCAGGACCUUGUCAAAAAAACUUUUGAAGAAAAGCUCUCAUCAAGUGCUGUUCAAGAAAAAGUUCUAAACCCAGAAUAUUUAACAAGUGUCUUAAUGUGGAAUGAAGAUAGAAUCACUUGUCUUAGUGAUCUAGUACGACCUGAAUAUACCUAUCUUUGGGCGAUACCUGACCAUCUUCCUUUAGACCAACUACCAGCAAUGCCUAAUAGUUAUGCUGACAUCUUGCAAAGCAUUCUGGAGGCCAUCACUGCCAUAUCUGACAAUUUUACAAAGGAAAAUAUCGUUACAUCAAUUAAAGUUGUGAGUAAACAGUAUGGACUGAAAACACCCGCCAUUAUGAAGUUGAUAAGAAUUGCUGUCACUGGCAUGAAGGAGGGUCCGCCUGUGGGCGAAAUGUUAUCAGUGUUGGGGCAAGACACUGCUGCAGCACGAAUAAAACAUGCUUUACACUUAUUAGAGUAACUGUGAUUUUCAAAAUAUAUGAUAUAUACAAAUUUA